AUGCCAAGUACACUCUCUUUUGAUUUAUUUGGUGAUCUCUCCCAGCAAGAACAAAAAGACCUUGAUGAGAGACGGCAUCAUCUCAAUAAACAAGUGGAGAAAAAGAUUUCUAGUCUGUCAUCCGAUCCCAAUCAACGCACAAUAGCCGAAAACAGACUUGUGUUUAGCAGGACUCGAUCAGGAAAGAUGGACAUACCAGGGUUACAUUGUCAAUUACUUUCCCAAGGCGAAUGUCGACAUGUCCUCGAUACCUGCCGCCUUGAAACAGAGUGGACCACAGAUCGACAUUCAGCCUUUGCAACAACAGAUAUCCCCAUACGCAACCAUGACCAGCUCGCCUUUCUGGAAACGCUCAUCAAAGAUCGCCUGUUUGAGGAGCUAGCAGAUCAUUACGGAUUCAAGACACUUGAUCUCGAGUUCAGAGAUAUCUUCCUCGUCAAAUACUCGGCAAACGGACAAAAGGGCCUAAGAUUACAUACAGACGGAUGCCUCUUCUCGCUGACGUUACUCAUUAGCCAUGAGGACGAUUUUCAAGGUGGCGGCACUUACUAUGGCAGCAUUGACAAAGUGAUUCAUUUGAAGCAAGGCGAUGCUGCUUACCAUGCUGCUCGAGUGAUGCAUAGCGGCAUUGAUAUCACUCAAGGAGAGCGCUAUAUCCUGGUGGGAUUUGUAGAUACUGUGGAUACAAUCACGAAAGACAAGACAGCCAACAAGCAAAUGCUGCGAAACUGA